AUGGCACUUCUCAUGAGUCCAGAAUUCCUGAUGCGGCACCUCAGCCCCAUGCACGUGGCGGUGCCUAUUGCGGCUACGCUUUUGGGUGUUGCCGCCAACUACGGUCCUCGAAUGUUUGCAAGUCCAGCAAUCGAGGUCAUACCGCAAGAAAUAGGGGAGUUUGCUUUCCACAAUGGAGUCCUGAUUCCCCACCAGGACUACUUGUACGGGUCCUCGGAGACCGGUGAACCCUUCAUCGUGGGAAAAAAGCUAGCUGGGCAGGACUACUCGGCAUGGGAAGCUGGAUAUGAGAAGUUCGCAAAGUUAGAGUCACUGACAUUUGUCGAUUCGGGUUCGAAGUCGACCUGGUCUUGGUCCUUCGAAGAACCAAAGGCCUCCACAAGCUCAGAUUGGUUGAAGCUAUUGCUUUGGCUCAUUUUCGGCACCAUGUGCCUCCUUAUGCUCAGCUAUCUUGUACGCAAGAUUGUGAGCAGAUUCUCGUGCCAAAACCGCAAGAACAAAGAGGGGAUUCUGGCAAACCCAACCAGCGAUAUUGAUGCGGAGAACGCAAAGUUGAACCUCCUGUGGCGAACCACUCUGAUCAGCAUGUACCGAGAGCGAAAGAGCGAGAACUUGUUGCUCAAGAGCGCACUUGAAACACUGAAGGCGGAGCAUGCUGACAAAUUCGCUGAGCAACAGAGAGAGAUGGACAACCUAAGGCAGAUGCUCGAUACGCAAAAAAAGCUUGCACAGAAUCUGGAGAACUCAGAUCACGCAGUUGCAGCGGAAAACACCACGACUAAAGAUCCGUUGGGUGGCGGCCAGCCGGAGUCUGAUGUGAUGCCAGAGGAGGCGGUAGCUGGAAGCCAGGACGGAGUCGUUGACCUCCCUGUGGAGAGCUCGGAGGGCGAGCACGCCAUGGCAGAGGCGGGUUCAGAUGAUGAUGAGAAGACAGGCGCGAUAGAGCAGGAUGAUGAUACUCCUGCACUUGACAACGAAUCUCCUGGCCCAAAACUGGGGAAGAAUGGGAAACCACGAAUCCCGCGGGCAAACAGGAGAGCUGAUGGAAGCAUCCGGACUCCAUCGCAUCCGGACUACGUUCCUUUGGAAGAAGCCCCGUCACGGCUGGGUGAUCGCCCAUUCCGCGGUCCUGGCCGUGGCAAUGGCUGGAAAAGACGACGUGGUGGCGGUGGUGGCUGGAAUGAUGGUGCACGUUUCGGUUGGAUAGGUGGCAGAGGUGGUGGAGGAGGAGGGGGAACGAAUUGGGAUAACGGACAGUCGAGCCAAGGAAGUGGCCACUAA